GAGGAUCUGGUAUUGAGGAGGACCCUCAUGUUGCUGGGUCUGUCCAUAUUUUCAGUCUUCACCAGUAAUGUUAUUGGUUUUGCUGGAGCUGGAAGUCUCUGUACACUGGUGCUGGCUUUCCUGGCUGCACUGGGCUGGAAGACUGAAAAGGCACCAGUAGCAGAAAUAGUUGGUCGGUCAUGGGAUGUAUUUCAGCCACUUCUCUUUGGUCUGAUUGGAGCUGAGAUCACGAUUAAAGCACUCAGCCCAAGCACUGUGGGUCUGGGUAUGGCCUGCAUUCUUAUUGGUCUGGUGAUCCGUCUACUUGUCACCUUCCUGUUGGUUCAUUACGGAGGAUUCAACCUAAAAGAGAAGCUCUUCAUUUCUGUGGCCUGGCUGCCUAAAGCUACUGUGCAGGCUGCCAUUGGCUCCAAGGCAUUGGACAUGGCGAGGAAGGAAGGGGACGAGGCCUUAAUUAAGUUUGGUUUGGAUGUGCUAACAUUAGCGGUUCUGCUUCUGUCCCCAGAUGAUGCUGACCCCCCAACUCUCACACCAUCUCCCAACACAGCUCAGCUGUUUGAGUAUAAGAACCUGAACCUGAACUGUGGUGUUCAAGGAUGGACAGUAAAGAGGUUCACAACAUUUGCUGAAGACCUGUCCAGUUGUCAAGCAUGGGGGCAAGUCGUUUCCGAUGGCUGCGUCCUCCAUACAACCAAGCAGCCUGACAGCGCGGUUUAUUGGUGCGAGUCUCCUACACAGCAGCGGAGCAACUCAGUCAACAUCACUGUUCAUGGUCGAGAUACUCCGGUAAUCCUGCAGAGUCCCGUCCUCCCCAUGAUGAAGGGAGAUAAUGUUACUCUGUUCUGUGAAACAAAGAACACUCAGUCCACCCUCCCAGCAACCUUCUACAAAGAUAACUCUAUUGUUGGUACUGAGCCUAGAGGUCACAUGAUCAUCUAUAAUGUCACCAAGUCUCAUGAAGGCAUCUACAAGUGUAACAUGAGUGUGGGAGAGUCUCCAUCCAGCUGGCUGUUCAUCAUAGAUCCUGAUGCUCCCGCCUCACAUUCAGAUUCAGACAAAAACCUGUCUUCUCUGGGAAUGCUGCGCCACAUCUUGGUGUACUUUCCAUAUAUAAUCUCUACAUUCCUCAUGGUCUCUAUAUAUCGUGGGUCUACAGGAAGAAACUCACAUCAAAGAACAAUGUCUCCACCCACUGAGGAAGAUGAAGACCAUCCGUAUGAUGAUGCUAUGGCUGAUGUCACCACUGAGCAUAGUUUCUAAUAAAAUCUUUGUCAUGUUGUUUCCUAAACUUUUUGCACUUUUCAGAACGAAAUACUUGUUUCAUGUAAAUGUUUUUCUGGUUUACAUUUUGUUUUCAAUGUUUUUUUUAUAUAAAUAAAGAUUAAAAGCUAUUUUUACAGCUGACUGGUAUUCUUUAAAAGCAUUGUCCUGACAGCAGGAAUUGCGAACGAAAUGGCUCUUAGAGCCGGAUCUUUGACGUGAACAACGUGAGCCGGCUCCUUAUGUUAAUGCUAGAAGUGUGUUUUGGAGUUUGUACAUGCUUUGUGUCUAGGUGGCCACCGCAUAUAUUUAUAUA